GCUCCUUCUUACAAGUACGAACGUAAUGGACACAUUAUGGUACUCUUACAUGGGUAGAUGGGGUGGUAAGUAAUCAAGGGCAGCGUCACUUCUACAGGGUCUGGCCUAUGGCAUGUCGACGUUGAUGUACGCUUUAUGUAUUGUCCAACUUAAUCCUGCAGUACAUCGCAUACGGCUAUAUGGUUGGCCCUUGAAAAGGUUGACGCAACGCCAUGACCUGUUAUUAUUGGUUUACCCCGCUUCAUCCUUACUGUCUUCUUUCUUUCCUACCUAAGACAGAGAGGACAAACACAAAAGUCAGGCCACGACGGGCUAAGUCUAAAGGGGGCAAGUAUCAACUCGAUCAACUUGCCUGCCUUUCUCCCUCCCCCCUUUAAAAACCAGCGGACUCCCUCGAGUUUCGAAAGUUUUAGGAGUUACACGGAGUUCUUUCUUGCCUACAUCUUUGGAAUAAGGAAUUACCUUCGAUCCAGGUGUAUCGCAGGAAGAGUUCAUACCUGUCUCUAAAGUACUACCUAAACGAUUUAAUCGAGAACAGAAACCAUUAUUAUAUAAACCUAUUUACUCUAUAUACUCUAUACAUCAACCCGAGCCAAGCCAUCCAAACCUAGACGUAUUCAAAUUGUCCUCAUCAUCGUCACCCAUUACAAACUCAUUACCAAAAAGAAAAAAAAACAAUUUCCAACAUGCCCGUCCGUAUCCCCAGUGCCAACAGGACUGAGAUCGCCACCUUCGGCAUCGCUGGCGUUGCAGGCUUCGCUCCGUUCUACUUCAUGCUCCCCGGCGCCGAGGAACGCCUAGCAAGCCAGACGGCCCGGUGGGCGCCCCGAUGGGAACGCAACAUCUCCUACUUCGCUCCUCCCGCGCAGAGGAUCGCCCAGCGCAUCGAGCCCCGCCUCGAGAAGACCGUCAAGAAGAUCGACAACCGGCUACCGCUAGAAAGGGUGGCCCAGGGCGUCGACCGACGGAUCAAGUACGGCAUCAACAAGGUGCACAAAGAGUAAAUACCUACCUAAAAUAAAUCUAUAUUGACGUACCUAUGUUCUUUCUUUGUUGGGAUGGAGUUACCUAUAGGCUAGGAUGAUUUUGGAAGUUCUUGGGAUGGGAAACAAUGAAUUACGAAAUGGGAAUUGGGUGGAAUUCGGGUAUACCCUUAAGCUUGCACUUCGUGUCGCUAGGGUGCAGAAGUAGGAGCACUUGUACUUGAUGCUCUAACACAGACCAUGCGCAUGGAUGAACCGUUCGCUAUGAAGUAGUCUACAAUAAACAAAAGUAAAACCA